AUGGAGCGCCUGGUGCAGCGGGUGCGGGACGCUUUCCGCAGCGGCCGCUCGCGCCCCCUGAGCUUCCGGCGGCAGCAGCUCGAGGCGCUGCGCAGGCUGGUGCAGGAGCGCGAGCGCGACAUCCUGGCGGCCAUCGCCGCCGACCUGAGCAAGAGUGAGCUGAACGCCUACAGCCAUGAAGUCAUUACCAUUCUUGGGGAAGUUGACCUCGUGCUGGAGCAGCUUCCUGAGUGGGUUACUGCCAAGCCAGCCAAGAAGAACCUGCUCACCAUGAUGGACGAGGUCUACGUCCAGCCAGAGCCCCUGGGGGUCGUCCUGAUUAUAGGGGCUUGGAACUACCCCUUCGUUCUCAUCAUGCAGCCGCUGAUCGGAGCCAUUGCUGCAGGAAAUGCUGUGAUUAUCAAGCCUUCUGAACUAAGUGAAAAUACAGCCAAGAUCUUGGCUAAGCUGCUCCCGCAGUAUUUGGACCAGGACCUGUACACUGUGGUUAAUGGCGGCGUUGAGGAAACCACCGAGCUCCUGAAGCAGCGGUUUGACCACAUUCUCUACACCGGGAGCACUGCGGUGGGGAAGGUUGUCAUGGCGGCUGCUGCCAAGCAUCUGACCCCAGUGACCCUGGAACUGGGCGGGAAGAGUCCGUGCUACAUCGACAGAGACUGUGACCUGGACGUCGCCUGCAGACGCAUAGCCUGGGGCAAGUACAUGAACUGCGGCCAAACCUGCAUUGCUCCCGACUACAUUCUCUGCGAACCAUCUCUCCAGAGUCAAAUCGUGCAGAAGAUUAAGGAAACUGUGAAGGAAUUUUAUGGAGAAAAUAUAAAGGAGUCUCCUGAUUAUGAAAGGAUCAUCAAUCUUCGUCACUUUAAGAGGCUCCUGAGUUUGCUUGAAGGACAGAAGAUCGCUUUUGGUGGGGAGUCUGACGAGGCCACCCGCUACAUAGCCCCAACAGUACUUACUGACGUUGACCCUGAAACCAAGGUGAUGCAAGAAGAAAUUUUUGGACCAAUUCUUCCAAUAGUGCCUGUGAAGAAUGCAGAUGAAGCCAUAGAAUUCAUAAAUGACCGCGAGAAGCCAUUGGCUCUCUACGUGUUUUCUCGUAACAACAAGCUCGUCCGGCGGAUGAUUGACAGCACUUCCAGCGGGGGCGUCACGGCCAACGACGUGAUCAUGCACUUCACGCUCAGCUCGCUGCCCUUCGGGGGCGUGGGUUCCAGUGGGAUGGGAGCUUACCACGGAAAACACACUUUCGACACUUUUUCUCAUCAACGUCCCUGCUUAUUGAAAAGUUUAAAGGGAGAAAGUGCUAACAAGCUCAGAUAUCCCCCCAACACCCAGUCCAAGGUGGAUUGGGCAAAAUUCUUCCUUCUGAAAAAGUUCAGCAAAGGCAAACUCGGUCUCCUGCUCCUCGCCAUCCUGGGCGUGGUGGCCGCCGUGCUGUUCAAAGUGCUAGACUACUGA